AUGGAUAUUCAAUUUGUAUUGACACCAGUAUUAAAGAGCUCGUUGGAUAGGGUGGCCAACAAUGUACAUAGACUCAACUUGGAUCGCGAGAUGCAAGACUUUAUAAACAAGUAUUCGACAUCCUCUGUCAAAUCAAUACCAUAUUCAUUGGUAAAGUCAUUGUCUACACAUCUAAAGUAUCUCUAUCAGCAACAACAGCAGGAUGAGUCUGUGGUCAACACAACAACAACAACAACAACGGCCGCAGAUGCAUCAAUUAGAAAUCAAACAACAACGAGCGAAGAUAACAACAACAAGACCUAUGAACCACCAUGCUACUUACAAGAUAUACUGCGAGGUGCUACUAUAUACAUUGAACCAAAGCCAAAGGAGGUGAUCGACCCAGAGAAGGUGGCACGAAGACUCUACCUUCAGAAUAUGUAUGAGGAACAACAUUAUAAGAAGAUGACAAAGAAUAUCACGCAGGAGAAGGAGGAUGAGAUGGAGCUGGCUUCAAUCUCGUCGCAAGCAUCAAUUGUGUUGAACAUCUUGGCGACAUUCUUCACGUUGUUGGCAUGUGGUAUCUUUGCCGGAGGCAAAUGGUUCGGAAGCUAUGUGGUCGGACUGGCCAUCGGUCUAGGCUGUGGUAUCUUUGGUGUUGCGGUCGAGGUGUGGCUAUUCAUUAUCAAGGCAUCGACCGUGCAGCAUGAGAAGGACAAAGAGAAGAAGAGAUUAGAUCGGGUUGAUAACAUCAAGAUGAGACGUUUGGCACGAGAUAUCAAGAAGGAUCCAUCACACAUUCCACUACCAAUGAGUUCACUAUCAAUACAUGGUCAUGACACAGAUAACAGUAAUGACCUUAUCAUCAAACAACUUGAAUAA